AUGUCUCCAUGUCUCCUAGACUCUCCACCCAAACCCAAGAUAACCACAAAGAGGGUGGAGGUGAUGGAGGGGACCUCUGUGAAUUUGAGCUGCACUGCUGCAGCACCCUGUCCUGAACUCCCCCCAAAUCUGACAUGGACCCCCAGGUUGAAUGACAGUGUGGAUCAACUGCAAGAGAAUGAGGAUCGAACCAAAUCUGUGUCUUCUGUUCUGACCUUCACUGCUUCCCACCUCCACGAUCGGCAGAAGUUCACCUGCAGGGCACUUUACACACUGCAACAUGGAGAUAUUCAGAAAACAUCUGAGGCCAGUCUGAUUCUUAGAGUUCUAUACAAGCCUCAGAUCUCUGGCUCUGGGAGCUGCAGCAGAACUGCAGCAGAGAUCAGCUGCUCCUGUGAGAGCCGUGGGAAUCCCUCUCCCAGCAUGGAGUGGCGUGUGUCUGGACUGCGGGUCACUAACUCUACUGAGAAAGUCAUCAGGGAGGAGCAGCUGGGGAACACAGGCCUGAGGAGCUCCCUCACCAUGUGCCAAUCACAGGGAGACACGCCCACUCUCCUCUGCGUCAGCACCAACACUCUCGGCUCCUCCAGCCUCCAGCUCCAUGUCCCGUCUCCACAGCAACACUCAGGAUUACAAUGCAGUUAUCUGCUGUUAUAUGUUAUCAUAGCAGGACUGAUUUGUCUGAAUGUAUUGACAAUUGGAUUCAGUAUCUUCAAAAUGAAAAGUUUUUCUAGAAGACUGAAGGGAGGGAGGGACGGGGACACAUAUGCCAGUCUGCAGCUCCCCAACAUCAGCCCUGACUAUGAUGUGCUGCAGGUGAGCAAGUGGGACAUAUACAGCAGGGGGCGCCACUACGCUGAUUAA